UAUCCACAGUAAGGAACGUCAUACAGACACAGCUGGUCGCGCAAGCUAGUUCACACGAUUCAGCAGGAAAAGCAAUUGACUUAUUUUCAUUCACUCGCUGAUUGUUUUGGGAAGGAAAAAGCUCCACCCUUUUGAUUUUUUCUUUUCACGCUCUAUCCCGACACAAUUAUCGCUGGCCGCCUUUUUUAUUUCAAGUUAUUUUUCGAAUUCAGUUAGCGAGAAGAGGAAAAAUAAAGAAACAAACAACAUAAAUUGUUUAGUAAGCAACCUGUUUAUUGGAUUUCGGUUCGGAUUACUCUUCACGCAGAGUCACCAGUUCCAGCCGAAGUGAAACGUAUCAUCUGUCGACCUCAACAUUCGAUCUUCUUUUGAGAGUUUCAAGGAACUGUGAAAGCCUAUUAUCGCCAGUUUGCCUAUUUCUCCGGGUUUUUUUCUGUACUCUGUCCUUUCGAACACGAGCCUGUUUCAUCGCCGUUUCAUUAAAGGACGACAAUCGGAGAAGAGCAUCAGCAGUUCCAGUCGUCAAGGAAACAAAAGAAAAAUGCAUCAGAAAUCAACUCAUUCUGUUCUUAUAGCGGUGAUUGUUCUCAGUCUUCUAGCCGUCUCAAUUCAGGCCUACCCGUCCUGGAGGGGUAGUAGACAGAAGAGAGUGUCCGAUCAGCGAUUGGCAGAGCUACAGACUUUAUUGGCUCUGGCCCGUCUCAAAGGCAAGAUGUCUUCAUCGUCCGGCAAAUAUUACGGCUACGUCGACCCGUCCAAAAUUGGCCGUAAGAAGAGGAGUCAAGACGAAGAGUCGGACGGAUCGCUGAUGGACGCUCAGAUGGACAACGGCAGCCGGUCGGAGGAAGACCGAAAGGCAGCUGAAAGUCAAGAAGAGAUAUACGACGAUAUUUGGCGUUACCUCCGUGGCAACAACAAAAUCCGUUGAUCAGGACUCGGUGACCCACUCGUUACUCCCCUUUUCACGGCGUUUCGUCUAAGAAAAAAACAAACAAAACAAACUUCUUUUGGAUUUUGAAUCUCGGAUUUCAACGGCAUUAAUUUUUACUCAUUUCAAACAAACAAAAAACUGAACUGGAAUUCCCUCUCAAACCGUUCCUACACGUAAGCUGCUCUUGUUUUGACCGCCACAGUCAUUCCUCUCGAUGUAAACGAUGUGAAUUCGAUCAUCGCGCCAUCAGAUCUGAGAUAUUUGUGAAAUGGAUGGCCUUUUGUUUUAUUUUAGAUUUUUUUAAAUUCUUCCUUCCUUCUCUCGUUUCUCGCUAAAAAAAGAAAAACUCUAGUCACCAAGCCGGAUGUUUUUGACUCCUAUGUGUAUAUCCCAUAAACAUGUUCUCGCGACACGCGUGAAUGCAGGUAUCGCGCUCGAACAAUGUUCUCCGCACGGUUCUUGACGUUCAUCACUAAAGAUAAUGUGCAUAGGAUAUUAUAUACCUGCCGCUUGAUAUGGCAGCCGCUAAAUAGCUUCUCUCUUUCACUUUAUCUGUCCCAAUAAAAAACAAAACUAGAAAAAAAAAUAAUGCGAUACACCAACUAUUCCGUGCAAGGUGAUCCUCAUUUUGCUUGUGAGUUUCAAUGUAGCCGUUUUUUUUAUUUAUGUCCAAUUCAUCCAAUCAUUUCCCCGUCUAUUUAUUUAUCAUUUAAUGUAUACUUUAUGACCGAUAUUUGCAUACACAUAUAUUUUAUUGUUAUAUGAAAAAAAAGAAGUUGUACCAACCCGAUCGGGGGGUUCAGAAAAUAGCCAUCCGAAAAGCAAAAAUUGAAUUAUCAAUAGCAAUUAUUUUCCUUAUGUUUGUGUACUGUACGUGAAAACAAAAUGCUGUCCGUGUGUAUUGUUAAUUAUGCACAACGCAAUCUUUUUCGUUUGAUAUUAUAUUUGUCAUUAUUUUUCCUUUUAAGUUUUCUCGCCUCCUUUAUUAUAUACCUUUUGUCAUUGCACCGUCCCCUCUGUCCAUUUUUCCCCCUUUUAUCGUCGUCAAGAUAAGACAAACCGGAACGUAAACCGGAGGAACCCGGGGACUGUGAUCCUAAGGCCAACAAAAAAAUGGAAAAAAAAAAAAAAUGCAUCAUUGAAAAGAGAGAAGAAAAUGAAGAAUGGAAUGAUGAUCAGCCAUCGAUGUGACGGCGAGUCACACAAGCCCAUCACAAUGAAAUCAGCCGAUUUAAUAUAACCGAUGUGUAGGCUAAUCUGCUACGUCUCUCCACCGAAUAAGAAUGAGAGACGCAACAAAGCAAACAGAAAAAUCAAUACAUGUAAAUGUCGAACACGC